GGUGCUGUGAGGAGGCCGCCAUCGCGCUUCGGCCUUCGCGCCGCCCGCCUUGGGAGAGGGACCCUCGUGCGGCUCUUGCACCGAGGAACGCCUGUGGACAGGCCACCUGAAUUUAUGGUGACUCAGGAAGUGCCGUGCAUAUCUAGAUGUCUUGAAGAAGCACAUUCAUUAGAUGAAUUCAGUCCAUCCUAUAAAGAAGUACUUAAUACUAGUAACAUGAAAAAGUCUGAAGUUUCUGGAGUCAUGGCUAAAGCUGACAUCAAACCAAAAUCUAUACAUCAUGCCAAAAAAUGGUCAGAUGAUGUAGAGAACUUAUACAGAUUUCAGCAAGCUGGAUACAGAGAUGAGGUUGAAUACAAACAAGUAAAACAAGUUGAUAUGGUAGAGUGUUGGCCAGAAACUGGAUUUGUUAAGAAACUUCAGAGAAGGGAUAACACAUUCUAUUAUUACAAUAAACAAAGAGAAUGCGAAGACAAAGAAGUCCAUAAAGUGAAAGUUUAUGUGUAUUAGUUUUGUUGUUCUGAUUUGUCUGUAUAUUUUAUAAAUCUGUCUGUCUGUUAGAAUCUGUAAGUAAAUGAGAUUUGUGUAAUCUGA